AUGUCGGCAGCUUCCUCUCUAAGUGAAACCCAGGUUUUCCUGACCGUCGGUGUCGUCGCUUUGGUAGGAGAAGCCCUAGGCCCAUGCCAAGCCAGCAGGAUUGAGGAGGAGCUCGGGCAGGUACGGCUAGAGAUGUUCUUCUCCUUCUGCCGAAUUAUGGUGCACGUGAUGAUCUUGGCUGUGCCCGUGUCUAUGGCAGAAUGCUGGCGCAAUCCUAGCUUUUUUUCUGGAAGUUGGGUCGUCGCUACGACGCUCCUUUACAUAGUCUACAACUUGGUCAGCUUUGGUAAAUGUCCGUUAACAGUUGCACGUCUCAACUUUUUCUGCAUCCUUCUGAACGGGAUCAUCGCCGCUGCAAUUGCCUCAAGCGGUUUUGCAAACCGCGAAGACCACAUGGGGUGUUUCGGAAUGGGUGUCGCCAGUCAGCUUCUGUUGAGCCUUCUGUUUCCUCCUAGCUGGACCAUGUUGGUCGCCUCGGUGAUCUAUUCCAUGGCAUUCGUGUUCAGCACAGCGAUGGCCCAUGGACCUUUGGCGCUGAACCGCUGGUUCUUGCUACAGCAGAUUUGCCAGUUCGGCGUGAGCAUCGCCAUCCCUGCCUUUGUAAACUGGACACUGGAAGCUCGAAUCUCCGCUGCCUUCAAGUCCAAGGAUGCUGAUGCCCUGAGUUUCGGGUUUCGACAGGUUCUCCGAGGCAUCUGUGACGGAGAUCUUCUGCUGGAUAGCAACUUUGAGAUCUGUGGGAAUGCAACAUGCCUCCAACGGUUGCUAGGGAGCAACGAGGCCUUUGCUGGGCGCUUGUUUCACGACCUCAUUGAUGGUGCGGAUGCACGCAAGAAGUUCCACAAGUUCGUGGCAUCCUCAGAUAUCCCAACAAGAGAAGCCUGCUACGACGGCGGCGAGGCUGCACCCCAUUGCCUCAGAGUACCACUGAAGGCACCCUCUGGCAGGAUCGUGAAAGUAGAUGUUUUCCAUGUGUCUCUACCGGGACUUUAUGGUGAAGAGUCACAUCAUUUGCUUUCUAUGAAAGAGGACCCGGACUCGAUGGUGCCGCUCGAGGCAACACCGACUGGCACAGGUGCCGAUCGCUUGCUGAAGUCUCUCAUAGGACCUCCGUCAUCAAACCCUUCCUCUGCAACAAGCAGUGAGAACGGCGUGGAGAGCUAUGAGGAGCUCGCAGAGAUGACUCUGCUUCUGAACGCAAGCACGGAGUUGGUGGACAUCGAGGAGGCACAUUUGCGAUUCAGGCGGCAGAAGCACGACGACGACGUCAGGAUGGGCAGCUUGGACUGGCAUUCUAUGGACCCGUGGCUCCGGAACUACGCGGCAAGUGCUGCGCAGAAGGUGGAUACCCAGGUGAAGAAGCAUUUCUCCAUCAGCUUCGGAGGAUUCGCCGAGGUCCUUCAUGCUCACACCUUGAAGAGGCAUCCCUCGCUGCAGGUAGAUACCGAUCUCGUUGCUCCUGCGUUUGUUUGCAAGUCUCUGCCUGUGAACCUACCUUCGAGCCUGCAUGCGGCCAGUGUGGAGGAGGACUUAUCCCCACCAAACGAGCUUCUCGGACUCUCGGAUGAUGAUGCGCAG